GAUCAUAACAACAUUUCCUGACUUUACCAGGCCAUGUUUACAGUCCAACUGAACUGUGUCAUACUUUGCUUGAUUGAUGGUACUAGGUCUACAUUUUAGCAUUGUAACUAAUAAAGAGGUGAGGUUUGAAUAAAUGGGGAGGUGGGUUACCCUCAUGAAUUGAAUGCGCAAAGGCAAAACUUCGAAUUCAAUCGCCGCUUUAUAGGAGAACCGCAGGCGCAGGCUCAGAUGCGGGCGACCGCGCGACCGGGAGGCACUGUAGCCGGGCGAUGCCGAAGACAAAGUCUUUGGUCCUAACCCAGGGAGCUCCAGCCCGCGAAGCGCGAAUGGCCGGAGCUCCCUGGGCCGGGUUACGAAGACAUGAGACAGUAGAAAACGAAAGCGGCGAUUUAAUUCGAAGACGAAGCUCAGCUUUGCCUUUGAGGCUUUGUGCAUUCAAUUCAUGAGGGUACAGUGUGAAUCAGGGACAACUCGGACCACGGGCAUAUCUCUACUCUAAAAAAUUGUUCUUGCCCAACAGCAGACACAUUUUUUUAUCUAAAUUCAGUUUGUUUACUGGAAAGGAUAUUUUCUUAGGAUAUUUUCUUAUAGCCUUGGAGUCCAAGGCUAUAAGAAAAUAUCCUUUCCAGUUAACAAAUUGAAUUUAUGGGAUGGGGGAUGGGGAUGCUGCUCGCAUAUGAACUUACAAAUUCAAAUCUUAAAAAAUCUUGAGCCUCUUAUUUAAUGGAUUUUCAUUUCCUUCUCUAAUAUUUUUCUUUAUUUUAUCUGUUUUCCUUUAAACCGAUUAGGUUGAACCUCCCCUUUAAAAAAUUUGAGAGAGGGCAUUCAAAAUAAUAUAAAUUUCAAAUUUUCACAAAGAACCAAGAGCUGAAAAUAAAAAUUGAUGGCCAUUAAAAUAUUGAGUAAAUGCAAAUGGAAUUCACAUAAAUUCCCCUUUAAUAUUUAGGCAGAGCUUAAGCCUUACACCUCAUCAUGCCAAAGUGCCGAAAACUGAGUUAUAUGUGUGUAUCUAGACUAGAAUCUACUUAACAUCCAUAGUAUACUACAACAUGUGAUAUCGGCAAAACUCUUCAAAACAAACUAAAAAACCCACAAUGAUUAAUUUUUGUUUGCCUUUAUGUAGGUAAAUGGAUGAAGUCUAUAUUUUCAUCAGGAAGCUCUCCAUGUGUUUAGGACAAGGAUCAAGAUUUCUUUCUCCAAUAUGCGAAUGCAGAGAAAAAUUCACAUGACAAAUGAAAGUGCUUGAAAUCAAGACCAGCUGCAACCAAACCAGUUAUGUCGUAUUGUAUGAGAAAAAAGCGAAAAUUAAAUUGCGGACAGCCUUACAUCAGUCAUAGAAAAGCAAGAAGUAAACGGGAUUCAAAGCCACACCUGAAGGAACAGUGUGGUACAUCUUAUGAUAUGCCAGAUCAAAAUUUUGGAGCCUUGUUCUCCAGAUUGCCUUUGGAAUGCAAAGUAAGAAUAUUUUCCUUUCUAAGUGACACUGAUAAAUGUGAGGCUGCCAAAGUGUGUUCAGAAUGGGCUGGGGUAAUGAGAACACCACGUCUGUGGCAAGUGGCUGAUUUCACCUUUGCUUUGGCUCAAGGACAUCUCCCAAAGGAUAAGUGCGAAGCCAUCAAAUGUAUCAAGGAUAGGGCCACAAACUACAUCUAUCACUUUGUGUCAAGAGGAGCCCUGCUGCGUCACUUGUUCUUCCAGCUGGAUAUCAUCGAGGGCGAGGAAAUAUGGCUCAAGUUCCUGAUCUAUCUCCUCAAAAUGACCAACUCGCAUGAACUCAAGGUGGUCCAUGCAGAGUGGACAGCCUCUCCAGAAUUCAUGCCAUUUCAGGCACCGGAGAUUACCUGGAAAUCAGACAGGGUCAAAUCAUUCUUGUGCCUGCUGAUGACCCUCGGUGAGAUGUGCCCUUCCAUUGAAGAAAUCCAUACCCCUUUUGAUUGGUCUUUUUCUUCAGUCAAAUCACUCUCAACCUUCAAGCAGCUACACACAUUGGAGCUGGAUAAGUACUGGGUAUUUUCUGUCCUGAGAGAGGAGAACCUGAAUUACUUGCUGGAGAGCUUGCCGUGUCUGAAGAGGCUCAAGCUGAGUGUGAGUGUGCCAUUAAUCGGAAUGAUGUCUUUUCCACAAUACAUCAUGAGGUCAGAAUCACUGGAGGUGCUGGACAUCUCUAACAGUACUUGUUUCUUUCUAAGGAGUGUACAUCUACCAGCUUUAACAUCGCUAUCCACCUCAAGGAAUCGUUGGACUGGUCCAUUCUUGUCUAGAGAAGCCUUGAGAGUGCAUUGCCUCUACAACAUUCUAAAGACUGGUGCACCAAGACUAACUGUUUUUAACCAAUGCAUUGUGGGAGAUGACUGGAGGUCAAGGGUUACACAAGAGUUUGAGGAUGCCUUGAAAUCAAGUUGCUACUGCUCAAGCCAUAAACGAGGAAGCUUUCUAUUUUAGACCGAUACUCUUUGAACUACUCUAGUUUUUUAUGCAAUUUUUUUUUCAGAGAUUGUAGGGAAAUUCACAACAGAACAAUUAUUACAAGGUAAACCAAAUUUGGAAUAAAUGUAAAAUGUACAUCCAAAGUAUAAAGAUUUAUUUGUGGUUUCAGGAAUUUGUUUGAUGUUAGUAAAUGCCAUUAAGAUAAAUUUAAUGAGAGUGAUCUCUGCACCAAAAUCAAAGUCUUUUGUCUACUGAAAUUCAAAGGCAUAUUUUUUUUCUGUAAUCUACCGGUAGCAAUAUACAUGUAUUCUUACACAAGAUUUUAUCUUGUUUGAAAAUAUACCCAAUAUUAAUGCAUCCAAACAUAUAUGUAAAAUUUAGGGGACCAUUCCAUGAAAUUUGUUGGCACAGACUGAAUUGUCAGCUCUGAUAAUUUUGCUGAAAUUCUGGGUUUAGAUUGGUUGAAAAUCCUUGAUCUUGGACUGUUUUACAGCAACUGUUGGGGAAUGACACUGAAAACUUCAUGAAAUUGUAUGGGAUACAUGUAAUGAAGGCUUGCUGGGGGAAUUUGAUCUUGUAAAUACAAAAGUUUUCUGGGGAUUGUUUUCAUGAAAUAAACAACUAAUUUCAUUAACAAAUUUGCUAUGAUCCAAUCAAAUGCAAGGAUUUCAGUUGCUAGAUUAUUAAAUAACAAUAGUCAGUGAAAAUCACUAUUUGUUUUGUGAAAUUCUCCCUCUGUGUAUGAAAUUCUCAUCUCUGACAAACACAUUCUGUGCUGGUGCAGAUUCUCUCCAUUACAACAAAUGACCCAUGUUAAUUUUGUUUCCCUGAAUGUGGCUUCUGAAAUUCCCACCAAUUUUUACCACUCUUGUUAUAUCCCACUGUGGUCUCUUGACCCCAAAGAUUUGUACAUUGCAUGGGCAUGGUUAAGUGAUGCACUCUUUUUCAGUAUAGGGGGAGGGGGUAACGACACAAUAUAUCAUCUUCCCUGGUAAAGAAGUUCACUGCCAGUAGGACAUUGGUAAUACCCAGUAAAUUUAAUCUGUUAUAACAUUAUUGGGUGGCUGAUGGGCUGUGCAUCAUUAGACUAUGUGUAGCAUUUUAAAUUGAUACGCCAAUAUUUUAAACCUUUCUUAUAAUCAGGUGCAACAUACGUGUACAUGUACCUGUUAAACUCUUUUAUUACUAUUUUUAAAAUUCACAUAUAUUUUUAUAUAACUGUUGUCAUGACCUCUACUAAACAUUUCAAAAGUGCAAUUGACUGGA